AUGAUAAAACCUACCCGCAGCUCCAGGGUCGCACUGGUACUGGCGCUGACCACGCUGCUGACGGUGCCCCUCUGGCAACUCAGUAGCCAUUCGUCCACCGGCUAUUAUCGCAAGCAGGCCCAAGACCUCUACGACAACGUCACCUCGUACUUCACCCACGUACAAGAGGUCUACAACAACACGCUCUACCAGAAUGGCGUCGAGAACAGCGUCCACGCGCAGUACAACUUCAGCACCCCCUGCGAGGGCUUCCCCGACACCUCGAACAUUAUGUUCAUCAUGAAGACGGGCGCCUCGGAAGCCUUCCAGAAGCUCCCCGUCCAUCUGCUCACGACAAUGUCCUGCCUGCCUGACUUUCUCAUUUUCUCCGAUCUUGAACAGCAGAUUGGCAAAUACCACCUACACGAUGCCCUCGACCGCGUGAGCCCGGCCCUCAUGAAACAGCACCCCGAAUUCGAACUGUACAGGGCGCAGAAACGAUGCCCCAUAUCCCAGCAGGAUUGCACAUCGGAGAUAGACGGGGGCUGGAACCUCGACAAGUACAAGUUCCUCAACAUGGUCGAUCGCGCGUGGGAAAGGCGCCCAGGCAUGGACUGGUACGUGUUUGCCGAAGCAGACACCUACAUUGUGUGGUCCAAUAUGGUGGAGUGGCUGCGCGAGAGGGCGCCCAAGGGCCCCCAGUACUUCGGCAGCGUGGCGCUGCUCAAUGAGUUUCCCUUUGCGCACGGUGGCAGCGGCUACGUCGUCUCGGGCGAGCUCAUGAGGAAUAUGGUCAACAACAUCACCGAUCUCGCCUCCAAGUACGACACGCGCGCAGGAGAAUCAUGCUGCGGUGAUCUGUUGUUUGCCGAGGCGGUCGGCGAAGCCGGGACCAAGGUGCAACAAGUGCAUCCCAUGUUCAACGGCGAACGACCGCUGAGCAUGCCCUACGGCCACGGGCAAUGGUGCGAACCCAUCAUCUCGAUGCACCACGUGAAUCCAGAGGAAGUGAGCAUGAUUUGGCAGUUUGAGCAGACGAGGAAAAAUAAGGACACCCUCCUCAUCAAGGACCUGUAUGAAGCGUUCAUGGCGCCUCAUCUGACGCAAUUUCGCCGCGAUUGGGACAAUUUGUCAGAAGACACGUGCUUCAUCGGCCCGGAUGAAGCAGACCAGGAGUACGCUGGUGAUAUGGAGAGAAGCCGACAAAGGCUCGAGCGUGACAAAAACCCCGUGGAGAAGGAAGCACACAAAUCACCCGCGGCGUGCGCAAAGGUGUGCGAAGCCGACAAGCUCGUGAUACCCGAGGACGAGUACGCGGCGCUCCCCAACGACGUCGACAAGGGCCACUAUCUCCGCAAGAAGUACGACCAGCGAAUCGAGGAGGACGUCGACGGUGCGUUCCAAAGGGGGCGGACGUGUUUCCAGUGGCGGUAUCACCAGGGUGCUUGCUGCACAAGCCAGAGCUUCAAGCUCGGCAAGCCUCGACGGGGCGCCAUUGAAGAGGACAGAUGGACCAGCGGAGCCUUCGUCAAGGGAAUCCGUCAGUGGAUAGACGCGACAGGAGAAUGCUCCGGUCCUAACUGGAGAAAGCCAUUCUGA